AUGCUGCUUUCAUCCCUAACCUUCCUAUUCAUCUCACUGGUCAACCUCUCCCGCAGCGCAUCCGUCAACCCUGACACUCUCGCGACCUUUGAGAGAAUCGCUGGAUACGCCGGAGCAGCAUAUUGUUCCUCCAACCAUGUCACUGGAGUCAAUGGACCGACGAUCUUCCCGCCCAACAUCUAUGAUUCUAAUGGCGCCACGACAAUAGCCUACUCCUUCCUGAAGGUCGACGAACGCAAAACCACAGGCUUGAUCAUGCUGGACCAUGCCCACAAAGCCCUCGUCAUCACCUUCCGAGGCACCAUCAGCGACGCCGACUGGGAAACGAAUCUCGAGUUCGUCCUUGAGGACGCCAGCGAUGUCUGCGGCAAAGGCUGUAAAGCGCACGCCGGCUUCUUCGCAUCGUGGCGUGGCGUAAGCGACAUCGUGACAACCAAGUGGAGAGCCCUGAGCCAGCAGUACCCGCAGUAUAGCACCAUCAUCACCGGCCACUCGCUCGGAGGCGCCAUAGCCCAUCUCUGCGCCGCCGGCCUGAAGACUGUAGGCCCCAAUGCAGCGAUGUCUCUGUACUCGUACGCCUCGCCACGAGUCGGCAACGAAGUCUUCGCCAGCUUCAUCAACCAAAGGUUUGGAGCCAACAUCUAUCGCUUCACGCAUCUCGACGAUCCGAUACCGCGCCUGCCAGGCCGGCUGCUGGGGUUCGUCCAUACGUCGCCAGAGUAUUUCAUCACCAGUCCGCAUAUCCGGAAAGUGCUCAGUGCAGGCAAGAAGACCCUGGCGAAGCCCGAGAAUGUUGUGGUCCAGGCUGGUGACAUACAUGUGCUGGCCGGGCCGGAGAAUGAGGCAGGCAACGUCGGGUACCAAACCCAGGGGCAAAAGCCUACCAUAUUUGACACACUCGCUGACCUUUUCACGCUUCUGUUUACAGCCCUUCCUGAGCAAGAAGACCCGUCCUAG